CUCACCUACCCCGGGACGCUGUGGUGCGGCGCGGGCAGCAACGCGGAUAGCUACGAGCAGCUGGGAGAGCACCGGGACACGGACAGGUGCUGCCGGGACCAUGACCACUGCCAACACGUCAUCCACCCCUUCACCGCCCGCUACGGGUACCGCAACCUGCGCUGGCACACCAUCAGCCACUGUGACUGUGACCGCAGGCUGAAGGAGUGUCUGCGGCGGGUGAACGACACAGCUUCUCGUGUGGUGGGUCAGGCCUUCUUCAACGUCAUCCAGGUGCCCUGCUUUGAGUUCACCUACAAGGAGGAGUGUGUAGAGCCCUACCUCUACGUCUGGUGCAAGGCAUACAACACGGUGGCUGUCGCGGUGCCCAGGGAGCCAGUGCUGUAUGAAUUUGGUGGGGAGCUCAUUGACAGGGCAGCGAGCCCCAGGGGGGUCCCUCUGAGCCCCCCAUGGAGCAGCACAGGUGGAGGAGCCCUCCCAGGGGAAAAUCACACUGGGACAGUCAGGACCCCUGGGCCCUGCUGCCAUCCUUGGGGGAAGAAUCCAACACCAUCCUGA